AUGGUCACAUUGGCGGUCGCGGCGAUCUUUGCGUCGGUCCUGUGUACGGCGUCUUACGGGCGAUUGGUCGGAGGGAAGACGGAGAUCGAGGACGUGAAGACGAACGAGGAGGUGCAGGAGCUUGGGAGGUUCUCGGUGGAGGAGUAUAACCAGAGCGCGAGGCUGCGGCGGAAGAUGGAGGAGGAACUGGAGUUCGUGGAGGUGGUGGAGGCGCAGCAGCAAGUGGUGUCUGGUAUCAAGUACUACAUGAAAAUAUCGGCUAUUCAGAGUGAUGGAGCUACCAGAAUGUUCGACUCCGUGGUGGUGGUGAAGCCAUGGCUUCGUUCCAAGCGGCUUCUCAACUUUUCUCCUUCCUCCCACUAAGCUAGGGUUUCUGGUUUGGCAUGGUUAAAUCGUGGUAAUAUUGUAAUAGUGACUUGUAAAAUAAAAAAAAUAA